CCUCCCUCCACAUCCUUCCUAGCUCGUUCCCGCUCUCUUCGAAGCCGCACACGCCUUUUCCUGCCGCUGGCCUGGGCUUGAUCUCGCUCUUCUUGGUCUCAAGCCUUUGCAGUGCUCAGCAUGGACGCGCAAGAGCUCGACGCGCUCGCCGCUGCCGGCCGUGCCGCGCUCGAGAAGACCGCGCGCGAGAGGUCGGACGGACACGGCCGCGGCGAGGGGAGCGAGACCGAUGACGAUGGGUUCCCUUCGUUCAUACCGGCCGACGCGCAGCGCCCUCAGAUGCCGAUCGCCGAGAUGCACCUGAGCGUUGAAGCGAUGAUUCUCAUCAAAUGGCUCGAGGACGGCGACUUCCCGCCGACUCUCCUGUCAUUCCUUUACAAUGCGCCGUACUUCUUCUCCCCCAGCGCCAAGGUCCCACACCUGCCCGGCGACUUCGGUCGUCAGCUUCAGCUUGAGGUAGACGGCUACAUUCCUCGCGAGAAGGACGCGAGAAUGGACCGGCUCGUCGCUCUCUGCCUCCUGCUCGCCGGGCGCGAAGAGGACCGUCUCACGACGUCCAACUGGCGCAACCAGCGCUACACUCCUUCUCGCUGGGAUGCCUCGGGCAUUCCAACGCACGUGCGUGACGCUCUGCGUCUCGCAGAAGGCAAUCUCGACGCACACGAUCGUCACUGGCCGGGCCACGUGUGGGGCGAAGAGCGUGAGCUCGAUGCUCCGCUGUGGAAGCAAUUCACGCAGGAGCUCGUCAACAUGGUGCUGCGCUCCUUUCUCUUCAUCCGCAAGCACGCUGAAGAUGACACUCACUACGGUGCUCACCACACCGAGCUGCUGCGCGCCCAAUACCCUUGGCCGCCGCGGGAGAGCAGCAUUGCCGUCGAGCAUGCAAGCAUGCUUGGCACACUGCAUCCCCUCUACGUCACGCCGGUGCCGCUCGCCAAGCCUCUUGCCAACACCCUCAAGGAGCGCGCGACUCAACUGAAAGAGCGUAUGAACAGCGGCGAGAUCUCGCGCAAGGACGCCAUCGGCUUUCUCGUCCAUCUGCAUGGUUCGCCGCUCGACAUCAAGCCGGUCAGAGCAGCAGACGACGAAGGCUCGCCUGAAGAGCGCGCUCAGAAGCGCCAAGCGACGCUGGCGGAGCUGCGCGACUUCUCGGAGACAUCGAAGCAGAAGCUGCGCACGCACACGUUCGACCUCACGUCUUGGAGGAGGCCCUUCGACCACUAGUCGACAUCUCGGGCGCGGAGCAUGCCGAUGCGAGCCAGCGCAGACGCAGCGUCAAGUGCUUCUCAUGAUCGCUCGGGCGCCUUCGCCAGCUCCUCUACUCCUCCUUUUUCCUUCUGUCACCCACCUCGUCACCGUACAGAUCCUGUCGCGUACUGCUCCAUCCUCCACGUCACACUCCUGGCCCCUGGUCCUCGCGAUCCGGCGCUGUCUUGACCCUUGCCGGUGCCCUCGCUCACUUCGUCGUGCAAGUACAACCUCCACCAUGCUCGCAAUCUGUCCUGAUCGUUCUCCCUGGCGCAUGACAAAGCCCCGCAGUCGCCGUAGGUACAGCGUACUAAGAGCAAAGAAGAAGGCUCGUGCAGCGCGGACGACGAUGGACGGGGCCC